AUGUUUAGCCAGGGCGUCGAGCGAGCCUGGAAGCCUGGGAGCCAAUAUAGGCAAGAUAUAAAUAUAUCCAACUGGGCCCUGUUCCAGGAUCGUUUUAUGCGCGGAUGGAAGAACUGGGCCGACGGGUUCGAACCUACGUUUUUUUGGCAGGUACACUUGCCAGCAUUCCAUGCAUACAAUUAUGGAUCGAACAUGCCAAUACCAAUUAGCCCGGGCAUAUACGGGCUUUUGGAGGAAACAUAUUUGCCGGAGCCGCAUAAAGAGGAGUCGGACCAAAAGUCGUUAAACGGGACAAAAGGCGGCGAGGGUGAAAAUGGGGAGGAUAUGCCAGUCCGAAAGGGUGGAAACAGCGACAUGGAUGUGGACGUGGACGAGGAUAAGGAUGAGGAUGGAAACGGUGAGAAUAACGGGGACGACGGGGACGACGGGAACGACGGUGACAACAAUGGGGACGGCGGGAACGACGAGGAAGAAGACCAGGACGAAGAAAGUUACGAACAGAUGAUAAGCGACAGUCAAGGGUUAAAAACCCUUAUCGACGGGUUACGUGAUCGUUUUGACCUGGAGAACAUCGGCGCCAUAUCCUACGCAGUGGCUGUGUGCAUUUAUUGCGUCGAAGAAGGGCCAGACGGAACGAAAGAAGUCCGAUGCCUCACAGUCGACCGCAACCAAAUUGCGGUCGAAUAUCCCCAAAAAGACUACACGUUUUAUCCCCAAGCCUUCCACCCGGCGUACGGCAACAUGUCGUCGCCGUCCCCGCCGGAGUUUCUCAAACCUCUAACGACAAUAAUAAAAAGCAAUGCGAGCAGGCGCAACGAAAGCGCCGACGUAUUGUCGUUUGGUUACUUCCAAGGGUAUUCCAAUGUUAAACGGAACGUGCGCCAUAGCCCUAAGGACCUUUUACCCACCAAAGGGUUCGCUACUGCCGCUUUUACAAUCCCGGCGACGGACGCCGCCGCCACGGCGGCGGCACGUGACCGGCGGAAAAACUUGAUUAAUAUAAUGCGUGGGGUAAAGUCACCAAAGUACCCAAAUGCAACCAAGCCGUUUGCCCGCGAGCUGUUUCAAAUGGAGACCGCUAUCGAGCAGAACGAGUUUGCAUAUAGGUUGGAACAAGUGCUUUCCAUUAAUAUUGCAAAUAUAAAGGCCGGUAAACAGCGCACCUUUACCGCAAUAUUCCGGCCAAUUUUCCAGCUUAUACGCUUCUUCCUUUUGCAACAGGGGUCCUUUGUCCACAUCUUUCGCUCACUGUCGCCAGCCGUUUUCCCGAGGAUAUUUAGCGCAUAUUACCGCCUAUUUAAGCUGGCACAUGACGAAAUGGAUCGCCGGUUCGUCCGAGGACACGAAUUUGGUUUGGACCUGGCCAAUUCGGAAGGCACCGCGUUUUUGGACCGGAUGGAGUUGCGAUUCCAUUACGGGCCACGGAUUGCGUCCAACCGGGAAAGCAACAUUUGGUUUUCUCUGCUUGGCGGAAACGCAUUCUCCACCCCUUUUAGGGUAGAAAAAUUCCUCAAAAAGUUGAUCGAAGAGGUUUGGAUCCCGGAAACCAGAACGUUUUACAGCAUGUUGCUCAGGCGCCGGCUCACUACAAGCCACAAAGACGCCGGCCGCAUAUUUUCACUUGGCGAAACGGAGCAGUGCCAAAUGGCCAUCCGGGAAUGGGACGCAAGCCAGGAUCCGUUUAGCUUGGCGCAAUUACAGCUGCUAUUCGAGGGUAUGGAUCGCCGUGCUCCGAAAACCACGUCGCGCACGCCGCACGAUUUUGUCGCUUCCAUAUUCGCAUCGACCGAAAACACCAAAGAUUGGAAAAAAAUCGCGUCCAAAAACGCAUCAUGGUACCCAACAUUCCAACACGCCUUUUUACAAGCCCCAAAAAAAGCCGGCCCAAACACCGUCGCACGUGGGGAAUGGGGCCCGAUUAUAACAAACUGUUUCCUCGCAUCCGGGGUCGAAUGGGUACCUGGCGCGGUCAAAGGGAGGCUCACGGCAACAGUGGCGAUUAAGCUGCAGGGGACGGCAAACGCAGCGCCCAAACUGGCGGGCAGGCCGGGGUCUUUGCUGCGGGUCGCCGAAGAGGCGCGGCGCAGGAACGAGAUAAAAAUGGAGUUCCUGGCGUCGCAGCAGCGUAGGAAAACUGGAUUAAUCGAUUUCGAUUGUGCGAUCCCGUUCGUCAAGGUGCCUAAUUUAAUAUAUCAGGGUUAUACCCAAACCAAACACAUUUUUGCCGACAAGGGCGACCAAAAAUUCACCGUGGCACCCAAGCGCAAAAAUCCGGCACAACUGGCGUUUGUUAUGGUUACAAAAAUAAUAUGGCAACUUUUCCCGUCGAAGUUCACAUGGACGAAAAACCCCAACAAAGCGGCGUAUAACGUUCCAGAAAUGACUAAGAAAAUAGCCCCGAAAAGAGUUGGAGGAGAGGCUGAGAAGGCUGACCAAAGCGCGCAAUAG